UAGACCCAACAUUAGCCACUCUUCCACUGCAAUCUACAUAUACCCUUCCCAUAACCCACCUAGCCACCCCCAACUCAAACCACGAUAUGUCCAUCUUACCUCAGCACCACCACAUCAUCCACCAUGCUGCUGCCGUAGGCCGCCAAUACCACCACCAUCGCAACCACCGUGUCUAUUGCACUUCAACAACUCGAAUAAAGACUAGGCCGAAACUCGAACCACUUGUCAUCAACACAACACCACUCGUUACAGUUACUCCACCCAAAAUCGAUGACCCAAGCCUCAAAUCGACUUGGGCUCACCGUGCAUGGGUGGCCACCGGUUGCACAACAGUACUCAUUUCUCUAGCCAAUUCCAUCAUCGGAUCAAUCGACUCUCACAUAUGGCUUGAACCCAUCUUGUCUGGAUUCAUUGGAUACUUGUUCGCAGACCUUGGAUCCGGUGUAUACCAUUGGGGCAUUGAUAAUUAUGGUGAUGCCUCAACUCCAAUGUUUGGUUCGCAAAUUGACGCGUUUCAAGGCCACCAUAAAUGGCCCUGGACGAUUACCAAACGUCAGUUUGCGAAUAACUUACACGCGUUAGCGCGUGUUAUUACGUAUACAGUGCUACCGAUUGAUCUGAUCGGUCAUGAUCAACCGGUGGUGAUGGGAUUUGUGGGGAUGGCUAGUGGAUGCAUCAUGUUUAGCCAGUUGUUCCAUUCUUGGGCUCAUGGAACUAAAAGCAAGCUGCCGCCAGUAGUGGUGGCGCUGCAAGAUGCGGGAGUGUUGGUAUCCCGAUCACAACAUGCCGCCCACCACCGGCCACCUUAUAACAACAAUUACUGCAUUGUGAGUGGGGUUUGGAACAAGUUUUUGGAUGAGCAUAAGGUGUUUGAGGCGCUGGAAAUGGUGGUGUUCUUCAAGCUUGGUCUCCGGCCACGGUCAUGGAGUGAACCGAACUCCGAUUGGACGGAGGAGGCAGAGACUUUUUCUACGACUUCUCUGCCAUAAAACUUGUUAUCCGUUUACCAAGAUUCAUAAUAAUUCAAAAAUAGAAGUAUAUAACAUUGCUAGUUGCAUUGAUUUUUUUAUUACUAGGAUCAAUUGUUUAAAAAUAAAGUUUGCACGACAGACAGUCAACAUGUGUUCCGGUUAAAAUGGGGUAAUUUCAAAGGUGAAUCAAAUGAGUCUGGUUGAUCGGA